AUGUUGAUAGCAGUUAAAUUAGGAUUAGGGUUAGGGUUAGGGUUGGGAAAUUUGAAAUCGGGAAGAAGAAAUGGAAUAAUCCCAAUUUCAUCAAUUAAAUUAGGGCGAAGUAAUUGCAAAUGGAAAGCGAGCUUGAAUUUGAUUACUAAUCCUGAUGCUUUUGAAGUUGGUCCUUUUCUUGGUAGCUAUGGAUUUUUUAAUGUUACCAGCUAUUCUGGGUUUGAAAGUGGUGUGGAUUAUGGGUAUUUAUCAGAAGAUAUGGGGAAAUUGAGAACUCAAGAUGUUGGCGAAGGCGGCGUUAAUAUCAGGUUAUAUGAAGGGAGAAUUACUCAAGGUUCUUAUAAAGGCACUUCUGUUCUUUUUAAGGUAUAUCCUGGACAGAGAGCCGGUGGUGUCGAGGCUGAUAUGAUGGCAGCCAAUGAGCUAAGCACUCAUCUUUAUCUUCAGAGCAGAUCAAAAGAAACAUAUCAAAAUCUCCAGAUACUGAUAGGUGGUUUUGAGACAAAAACUGGUGAGCAGUGGCUUGCUUUCCGCUAUGAUGGAAAAUACAGUGCAGCAGACUAUGCAAAGAUUGCCAGUGAAAGACUAACUAAAAGAAAAACUCUAGACUCAGAGUCAGCCUGGAAUCCAUUUGAACAAGCGGUAACAUUUAAACGCAAAAGAAAUUUUGUUGUCAAGAUGCUCCAGGGAAUUUUUAGUGGCCUAGUCUACAUGCAUGACCAUGACAGAUUACAUCAAAGUCUUGGACCGGCUUCUGUUGUUCUCAAUACAAUAUCAGAGAGAGAAGCUGCCUAUUUGGUUGCAAGUCUCCGAGAUCUUGCUUUUGCAGUUGAUAUAAGUUACUCAUCAUUAGAGAAAGGCCCUGAAACUGGAACUUUGUCAGAAGGACUUUGGAGACGAGCUACUGCAGCUGGUGCAUUCAAUCCCAUUGAGAAAAGAAACUUUGGGAUUGCAGAUGACAUAUAUGAAGCAGGUCUUCUUUUUGCAUUCUUGGCUUUCACUCCAUUUUGUGAAACAGGCGUCAUGGAUAGUAUUACUUUACGAAGGCUUUUGGAGAACACAUUUCAGCUAGAUCUUCAGGCAGUCAGAGAAUACUGUUUGGCUGAUGAUCGCUUGUUGGAGGCUGUCAAAUUCUUAGAUAUUGGUGAUGGUGCUGGCUGGGAGCUUCUCCAGGCGAUGCUGAAUCCAGAUUACAGAAAGCGGCCAGUUGCUGCAGCUGUGCAGAGCCAUCGUUUUGUGAGCGGAGCUCUUUUGUAGGCAUGUCAAGUCUGGCAAAUUAUACCUCCCGUCGCUCACUCGUCAUGGAGUUGAGACUUCAGAGUUCUGCAACUAUCCUGAUGGUUCAGCUAACUUGAUAAAAAGACGAGUUUGACUUGGCUCGAAUUAUUUGUUGAAUCAUUGAAUUUAUAGAGUUGUAAGAUGCAUAUAUGUAAUUACUUAUAAAACUUACUAGUUUGUAAUGCCUACCAUCAUUAAGUUUUCUUUUUGUAACAUAAGGAGAUAAUCAAGUUCCAUUUUAGGUCAUGAUACAAA